AUGUUGCUUCCAAAUCUUUGCCAGGCCCUUGCUUUGCUUUCCACAGUCGCACAAUCCUCGGCGCUGAAUCUGGGUAAUGGGCAGCAUGUGAGUAUCAUUCAGGACAAGCAAACGCUAUUGCAAGAUAUUGUCAAUUGGGACUCGCAUUCACUCUUCGUUCGUGGAGAACGAGUACUCUUUUAUAGUGGCGAAUUCCACCCAUUUCGCCUGCCGGUCCCUGGUCUCUGGCUAGAUGUUUUCCAGAAGAUCAGAAGUGCCGGGUACAAUGGUGUAUCCUUCUACACCAAUUGGGCGCAAUUGGAAGGCAAACAAGGAGCCUUCCACGCCGACGGCAUUUUCGCCUUAGAGCCUUUCUUUCAGGCAGCGCAACAAGCUGGAAUCUAUCUCCUCGCACGACCGGGACCUUAUAUCAAUGCCGAGGUGAGCGGAGGUGGAUUUCCUGGAUGGCUGCAGAGAAACCCGGCAAUCUCCCGCACGCGCGAUGCGCGAUACCUCAAUGCUACCACGAAUUACAUGAAUAAGAUCAACCAGAUCAUCGCCAAGGCCCAGAUCACUAACGGUGGUCCCGUCAUCCUCGUGCAGCCUGAGAACGAGUAUUCGCAGGCGACGAAUACCCCGGAAUUUCCUGAUCCAGUGUAUUUCCAAUAUGUACAGGAUCAAUUCAGAAGCAAUGGCAUUGUGGUUCCACUGAUCAGCAACGAUGCUGGGCCGUAUGGACAUUUCGCUCCGGGUCCGCCGCGGAAGCAGGCCGCUGUUGAUAUCUAUGGCCAUGAUGGCUACCCGCUUGGUUUUAAUUGCGGUAAUCCUUACCAGUGGCCCGCGGGCGCACUCCCCACCAACUAUGGCAACCUCCACGAGAAUCAGAGUUCGAGCACACCAUACUCCAUUAUUGAAUUCCAAGGCGGAAGCUUCGAUCCAUGGGGAGGUUAUGGCUUUGGCCCAUGUACUGCCCUCCUUGGACCAGAGUUUGAGCGAGUCUUCUACAAGAACAAUGUUGGCUAUGGACUUACGAUCUACAACCAGUACAUGAUCUACGGCGGCACCAAUUGGGGAAAUCUUGGGCAUCCCCUUGGCUAUACUAGCUACGACUACGGCGCCAUCAUCACGGAAGACCGAUCAGUUGCGAGAGAGAAGUACAGUCAAGCCAAGCUCCUUUCCAAUUUCCUCUUCGCAUCGUCCGCAUACCUCACAGCCGAACAUCAAGGCAAUUCAGACGCCGUGUCCGCUUUCACAGGCAACAAGGAUCUCUUCACGACGGUGCUCAAAGGGCAGUCCACCAAGUUCUUCGUAGUGCGGCAAACAUCAUAUGAGUCCCUCGCCACCAUUAACUACAAUAUUACUCUUCCGACGAGUGCUGGAAAUAUCACCGUCCCUCAACUUGGUGGAACGCUAUCGCUCUAUGGGCGAGACUCCAAGAUAUUCGUCACGGACUACGAUCUUGACGGCAUAAAGCUUUUGUACUCGACUGCUGAGAUCUUUACCUGGCAAAGUUACGGCGAUAAGCGUGUCCUGGUAGUCUACUCGGGACCCGGCGAGAACAACGAACUCGCCAUCGCAAACGCCUCGUAUUCGAAAGCGACAAUCGUCGAGGGUGAUAAUGUUGAAAUCAAUAUCAAGAAGCUUAAUGACCGCACAAUUAUUAACUUCAGUACAAGCUCUACUCGUCGGGUUGUGAAAUCCGGGAAUCUUCUCGUUUAUAUUUUAGAUCGGCAAUCCGCCUACAACUAUUGGGUUGUCGAUGCCAUGCCACAGAAGUCUAAGCUGAUCCUCAAAGCUGGCUACCUCGUCCGAAACGCAACGGUGAUUGGCGGCAGUCUUAAACUCAUUGGAGACCUGAACUCAAGCGCGCCGAUUGAAGUGAUUGGUGGCGCUCCAAGCAAGCUGCAGACACUAACAUGGAAUGGCCAAGAUCUCUCGUUCACUCAGGACCAUAAUGGUGUAGUCAAGGCCACCGCGGCAUACUUUCCACCCACGAUUGCACUGCCCAAAUUAUCGACUAUUCAAUGGAAACAUCUCGACAGCCUGCCCGAGAUCCAACCAGGCUACGAUGAUCGCCUUUGGACACCAGCGGACCUCGCAUAUUCAAAUAAUACAGCUCGCAAUAUCACAACCCCUACAUCGUUGUACGCCAGUGACUACGGCUAUCAUGCAGGAAGCCUACUCUACCGUGGUCAUUUCGUCGCCCGUGGUGGCGAGAAGGAGUUAUUUGUUCGUACCCAGGGCGGUCAAGCUUUUGCACACUCAGUGUGGCUGAACAGUACACUUCUUGGAUCUUUCACCGGCAACCCUUCAUUCGAAGACGUGAAUGCUACUUACAGCCUUCCAGCUCUCCGCUCAGGUAGCUCAUACAUCAUCACGAUGCUCAUCGACCACAUGGGCCUCAAUGAGAACUUCCGAGUCGGUGACCCGUCGGCAAAGAACCCUCGGGGCAUUCUCGACUACAAUCUCCCAGGGCGGUCCAAAUCCGACAUCACGUGGAAGCUCACAGGCAACCUCGGUGGCGAAGACUACAAAGAUCGCAUCCGGGGUCCUUUGAACGAAGGCAGUAUCUUCGCAGAGCGCCAUGGCUAUCAUCUUCCAGGCGCACCCAUUUCCUCAUGGCCGAGCGUCGUAGGCGGGCCAAUGAAAGGUCUAUCAAAAGCCGGCGUAGCAUUCUACGCAGCCGACAUCCCCCUCGACCUCCCCAAGGGCUACGAUAUCACGCUGUCCUUGUCAUUUGAGGACUCCAGCAGCAACUUUACUUCUCGUCCCGCUUAUCGUUCACAGGUCUGGGUCAACGGAUAUCAAUUCGGCAAAUACGUCAACAAUAUAGGUCCACAGGUCGAUUAUCCCGUCCCGCCCGGAAUUUGGAAUAUUCGCGGCACGAACCGUGUUGCUGUGAGUCUUUGGGCUUUGGAGAAUGGUGGCGCGAGAGUCGCAAAUUUUUCCCUGAAGGCUAGGCCGGCGAUCAUGACAGGAUAUGGAGAGAUUGAAUCUAGUCCGAUGGGAUCGUGGACGAAACGACGUGAUGCAUAUUGA